AUAUAUCAGUCCACCGGGAGGAAUUUCGGCCUGCCAUUGUUACGAUCUCGACACCUGGACCGGUACCGGUUGCGGGGCGAAAUAGACUCCAAGCCCGUCUUCUCGCCCCAAAAACGGCCGCGACAGUGACGCCGCAACCGCGCGACGAGCGAGAAGACUCAGCUCGGCCCUGCGGACCGCUCCCGGCCGGGUGAGGAUGUUGUAGAGGUGCCGAGCGAGGAGGGGCGGCUAAAGAUGUCAGCGGGCUUCUCCAUUUUAAAAGCCCCCGUCAAGAACAGGAAAAUACUGAAGAUUUAAAAAGCAAUAUCUUCAUAAAGCGCACUGGUAACGUGAAGGCCCCCUUGAUGUCCUUUUUAAACUACACGUUAAGUCGACUGCGGUGUUUUCCCCCCACGUUCUUCAGAACAAUGAGUAUAGAGCCCAAGUAGCCUCUUCCAGCCACACUGAAGAAGUGGUACGCAUAGACAAUCACUUGCAAAGGUAUCGCUGCUGGUUCCCGCACCAAAAAGGCGUUUUAACAGGGUGUUUAACAUAAUCCAUGAACAGAGAACAAGAGACAAGAGCAACGAGCUGGUUGCAUUCAAGUUCCUCGUUUGUGAACCAGACACAGUUUCCAUGGAGGCAGGUUCAUCCCUCAGCCUCAAACGACGAUAUGAAGAGGUGGACAACGGCUCUCUCUUUUCGACACCCAAAGACUCUGACGAUGAUAUCUCAAGCAGUGACAGUGCUGACAGCUGUGACAGCCUCAACCCCCCCUCCAGGACAGAAUUCACUCCCACCUCAAUCCUCAGACAACACAAACUGUCGCCGGGAGGCAAGCGGGUGCGUUUCGACGCGGUGACAGUGUAUUAUUUCCCCCGGAGGCAGGGCUUCACUAGCGUACCCAGCCAGGGGGGCAGCUCGCUGGGCAUGGCUCAUAACCACUCGUCCAUCCGACGUUACACGCUGGGGGAGUUUGCUCGGGAGCAGGAGAGCAGUCACCGUCACACCUUACGCCAACACCUGCGGCAGGAAAAGCUCAAUGCCCGCAAGCUGAAGCUGACCAGGAAUGGCACAGUGGAGUGCGCCCAAGCCGAACUGCUGACUCUGGAUGACGUUUCGGACGAGGACCUCGACGUGGACGCCGUGGAGGUGGACGACUGCUUCUUUCUUCAGCCGCUGCCCACUAAGCGUCGUAGAGCUCUUCUGCGAGCGUCCGGAAUUGCUCGCAUCGACGCCCGGGAGAAAACGGAGCUGCGAGCCAUCCGCCUCUCCCGGGAAGAAUGUGGCUGUGACUGCCGUCUGUACUGCGACCCUCGACACUGUGGCUGCAGCCAGGCUGGCAUCAAGUGCCAGGUGGACAGAAUGUCCUUCCCAUGUGGAUGCUCCAGAGAUGGUUGUGGCAACUUAGCGGGCCGUGUCGAGUUCAACCCUCUUCGUGUCCGAACACACUACCUGCACACUAUCAUGAAGUUGGACCUGGAGAAGAGGAGAGUGCUGCUACAAGUGCCCGGGGAGAAGUACGCCGAGUCGGACCCUGUGUGCCCUCCGUUCUCCAAUUGCCCCGCAUCCCCGGGCCCGGAAGAGAGCGGUGUGCGUGCAUGUCUUUUGGAGGCAGAGGAGGACAUCCUUGAGCGGGAGAAUGAGACUGCCGUGUUGCACCUGCAGAGCGCCGUGGAGCAGGAGAGGCGGGCAGAGGAGCCGCAGGUGGAGGAGGUUCUUCUGCAGGGGCCUUUCCCAACCGGGACCGCCGUGCUCUGCAUCAACCAAGAUGAGGAGAGUCCCACAGACCUUCUCAGAGACUCCGCCCCUCUCCACUACUACCAACUUAGCUCCAUCGAGCCGGCCAUCCUGGAGCCGACAGAAGAGGAGGUUCAGGAGGCAACAGGAGACGAUUGUUUAGGCAGCCGGUUCCAAAGUGAUCAUUCGAAGCUCCACCAUCGUGAAGAGUGCCGAGAAGAAAGCGCGGAAGCAGCGGUGGCGACGCACCCUCUUCCUCCUGACGUUUAGGCCGAGCUUCUCUGCAGAUAUUUUGCACAAAUAAAACAACAUUUCGCGUCGAACUCAGUUGCAUUGGUAGAGGCUGGAGCACAUGGAGAUCAGGAGUCAUACGUAAUGGUAUAUGCAGUCACAUGACUUUCAUUGUGAAUUGUGUUGGGGGUAGUAAACACAGCCUUAUGCAAAAAAAAAAAAAAAU